UACAAAGAUAGCCUAAAUUUCAAGUAUGUAAUUUUUCUUGUGGUGUGCUUAAAUAUUGGUAUUGUCUUAAUUUGGAGUAUGGUUUAUGGAUAUUAUGUAAAACGUCGAGUGGAGCGUUAUGGUCAAUUUGAUCCAGUGAACAAUGAUGGGGAAAGUGAACGUCUAGAUGGUGGUUAUCAUGGUGAAGACAAUGAUAAAUGUAAAAGCGUUAAAUUUAGAUUUUCUACAUUUUACAUUUAUAUCGUCCAUUUGGUUGUUCGCCUCAUUAUAUUAUCCGUAUUCGUUGGAUUACUUUUCUCAGCCAAGUUUCCUAUCGAUUACAUUUGUUCAUGGCAUCCUAAAUUGAAAGAAACAGCCUCUUUAAAUCACACUAUUCCUACCUCAUACGACGUCAUAUUACUUGCUUGUCAAAAUCUUAACGCUGAUAAAAGUAAGACGUUGAUUCAAGUUGUUGCGUCUGUUGAUGUCAUUUUUAUAAUACUGACAAUCUUAGAGCUGUCUUAUUUGACGAUUGUAGCCUGGAAGUACAGAUUAUUUACAACAUCAAGAGAAUUUUGUGAAGUUUAUUUGUUACGAAAACGUGAAAGAUUUCAAACAUUUUUGAAAAAACAAAAAGAAAAUUUUGACAGCAACGAAGACGUUCAAACAAAUGAGGACUUUGGGGAUGAUCAAUACACUCCAUUAAAGUUUGAGGAGAUUUAUGUCAAUGUCAUUAUGCAAGCGGAAAGAGAAUUAAAGAAUGCUUAUCCAGAAAAUUAUAAAAGACAUGAAAUCUUUCAAAGUCAUCUAGAAAUUGGACAUGAUGCAAGAAAAUUGAAAAUGGUGACUGAUAUUUUUAAGCCAAUCCAGGGUGAGAAAGAAACAUCGUAUCCACGUUCUAUUUUAGUCAUUGGAAGGCCAGGAAUUGGUAAAACAAUGUUAACAAAAAAACUUAUGCAUGAAUGGAAAAACAACACAGAUAAAUAUUGGCGAGAUAAGUACGUUCAUCUAAUCCGAUGUCGUGCGUUUGAAAAUGUUGACAUUACUCUUCAAGAAAUGUUGUGUGCUGAUGGAUUGCCAUAUCGAGAUUACGAAUUGAUAAUGUCAAAUCCAAAAAAAACUGUUCUUAUCAUUGACGGUCUUGAUGAGCUUCCGCUGGAUGACAAAAAUCUUAAAACUGAUGGCCCAGUGCUUGUUAAAGAAAAAAGGCCAGCAUUUACAGUGUUAAGUAUGUUGAUUAAAGGUAAGCUGUUGCCAGGUGCCACUGUUCUUAUAACAUCACGACCAACCGCUGAAUUUGCAUUUAAACUUUUGAAAUUCAAGAGGACAGUGGAGAUCUUGGGGUUUUUUGAAGAUCAGAUUAAAGAAUAUGUUCACAAGUUCUGUGGUAACGAUAAGGAAUCUACUGAGCUUAUUUUGAGCUGCAUUGAUAAUUCUAUCGAACUUCGUAGCCUGUGUUAUAUCCCCGUCAACGCUUACAUUGUCUGUCUGACCCUGAAAGAAUGCUUUACAAAAGAAGCAGAAGAUAUUCCAAAAACUACAACUGAAUUGUACAAAAGAGCAGUUAAAAUCUUACUUUGGAAGCACCAUCCAGAUUUUAUAAGAAGAUCACGACCAAUAGAUUAUCUCGUCAGAGGUUUACCGGAAGAGCUUGAUAAGCUUGAAGACCUGACGAAAAUAAAAAGCCUUGCAAAAGACGGUAUUGCGAAAGAGAGUUUGAUUUUUAACGAACCAAGUCUCCCGAAUUUUCCACAUCUGGCAAAGUGCGGUUUCUUUCAUAAAUUACCAGAUAGACGACGCAAUCUUUAUUGUUUUAUUCAUUUGACUCUUCAAGAGUUCUUCGCUGCAUGGUGUAUUGUUGACGAUUGGCAAAACAUUGCAAAUUUUUUGGAUGAUAAUGUAUCUGAUUCUAAAUGGUAUUUGGUGAUAGAGUUUGUUGCUGGUUUAGUUGGAGACAUGAAGAGAUCUGGCAGCAUCAGAAAUGCUGAAACAGUAGAAAAGGUUGAACAACGGUUUAAAAAGUGGAUUUCAAAGUUAUUCUUAAAAAACGGCGAUAAAGUCCUUGGUUUUCUUGGAGUAAAGUGCUUAUACGAGUUGCAGGACAAAGAAGUCAUGCGCUCAGCUUGCUCAGAGUUAAUGCAUUUUUCUCAAGAAGUGAAGAUUGAUAAAGUUUCUUUUACGCCUGUUGAUUCAAACGCAUUGUUUGAAUUUCUUUCUAAAUGUGAACACAUAACAAGUCUUUCUUUUGACGAUUGCAAGUUUCUUGAUAAUCAUAGCUGUCUUCCUUUAAAAAACUAUUUGUCAAGUGAGAGAGCGGAAAUUUUGAUUAAUUUAAAAUUCAGGUCUUGUGACUUAGGCAAUAUUUUCGGUGAAAAUCUUAGCGAAGCUUUAAAGAGUGAGAAUUGUAAACUAACUAAGCUGGAUCUUGGUAAUAACAAUAUUGGUUAUGAAAGUGCAAAAUAUCUUAGAGAUGCUUUGGAAAGUGAGAGUUGUAAACUUACUGAAUUGGAUCUUAGUUUUUACAUUAUAGGUGAUGAAGGUGCAAAAUAUUUUACUGAAGCUUUGAAAAGUGAGAAUUGUAAACUUACUAAAUUAACUCUUCAGAGAGUCAGAAUAGGUGAUAAAGGUGCAAAAUAUCUUAGUAAAGCUUUGAAAAGUGAGAAUUGCAAACUUACUACAUUGGGUCUUGGUAAAAACAGUAUAAAAGAUACAGGUGCAAAAUAUCUUAGUGAAGCAUUGAAAAGUGAGAAUUGUAAACUUACUAAAUUGCCUCUUCAUUGUAACAAUAUAGGUUGUACAGGUGCAAAAUAUCUUAGUGAAGCAUUGAAAAGUGAGAAUUGUAAGCUUACUGAAUUGUUUCUUAAUGAAAACGAGAUAGGUGAUGAAGGUGCUAAAUCUCUUAGUGAAGCUUUAGAAAGUGAGAAUUGUAAACUUACUGAAUUGCAACUUAAUAGAAACCAGAUAGGUGAUAAAGGUGCAAGAUAUCUUAGUAAAGCUUUAAAAAGUGAUAAUUGUAAACUUACUAGUUUAAAUCUUAGUAGCAACCAAAUAGGAGAUGAAGGGGCAAAAUAUCUUAGUGAAACUUUAAAAAGUGAUAAUUGUAAACUCACUCAAUUUUAUUUGGAUCAUAACAAACUAGGUGAUGAAGGUGCUAAAUAUCUUUGUGAAGCUUUAAAAAGUGAUCAUUGUAAGCUUACUGAAUUUUAUUUGAAGCAUAACAAAAUAGAGGGUACUGGUAAUAACAAAAUAGCAGCUACAGGUGUGAUCUUUCUUGGUGAAGCUUUCAAAAAUAAGAGGUGUAAGCUUACUGAAAUAAACAUCCUCAAUAACAGUAUGGGUGAUGAAGGUGCAAAUCAUCUUAGUGAAGCUUUAAAAAGUGAGAAUUGUAAACUUACUGACUUGUCUCUUAAUUAUAACAAUAUAGGUAAUAAAGGUGCUACAUCUCUUAGUGAAGCUUUAAAAAGUGAGAAUUGUAAACUUACUGAAUUGCCUCUUCAUUUUAACAAUAUAGAUGAUGAAGGUUCAAAAUCUCUUAGUGAAGCUUUGAAUACUGAGAAUUGUAAGCUUACUAAGUUGAGUGUCAAUAGUAACAGUAUAGGUGUUCAAGGUGCUAAAUAUCUUAGUAGCACAUUAAAAAGUGAAAAUUUUACUUCAAACAAGUGAUUUUUAUUUUUAGUUACAUUUCCUACAAAUGAUUUUUCUCUUUGCAUGAUACAUGAUAAAAAUAGUAAAAAUGUAUGUAACUUCCUGCUUGAAGGUUUGUAAUUUAAACAUUUAUGUUUUAUCAGCAAAAUAAAUGAAAAAUUGUUCACAGUGAACAAUAUAUAUUUCUUGUGACUUUCAUUUUAUAAAGUGUUUCUUGAUUUAAAAACUAUUUUCAAUUCUCUCUACAUAGCUAUGUUAAUCCAUUUGCAGAGUAAAAGUAUAGUUUAUUAGUAAUCAUGUAUUGUUCAUUUAUUUCUUUUGUUUUUUUUGCAUUAUUUACUGCAAAGAGUAAAGACUGUAACAAACAAUUUUGGACUUAAAUGAUGUUAUAAAUAUUUUGUAACUAUCAAAAGAAAUUUCAAUACUAAACAUGAACACAUUGAA